AAACCCUAGUUCUCUCUCACUCGCUUGCACGCUGCUCGGAGCCCCCCGAAAAAACCAACCUUUACUGAAAACUUACAAUGAGGCUUUCAUGGCGUCUGUUGCUUCUCCGAUCUCGCGUCGGCCCGGGGUCUCGUAUUUCCGUACACCACUCGUACUCUCAGGUACCAUCUUUUCCCAACCUUGAGUCCCUUCGAUCUCUCACUUCACUCAUUCACACUCACUCGCUUCACGGUUCGCUUUCUCCUUCAAAACCCAUGAUUUGUGAUAACUUAGUCAAUCAUAUAAACCCUGGAAUCUCUAUGUUUCGGAAUUUCUCAUCCGAACCGAAGCUUGAAUUUAAGGAUUCGGAUCACGCGGUUGUAUUAGAAAUUUUCUCCGAACCGAGGAGUUUGGAGGAGAUUAAGAAUGAUUUAGAGUCAAACAACAUUGUGCUUAGCCACGAGUUCAUAUUAUGGAAUUUGGCAAAGCUUGAAUCUAGUCCUGAUGUUGCCAGGAGGUUUUUUGAUUGGGUUUCGGAGAAUGAAGAAAAGAAAUUGAGCUCCAAGUCUUAUAACUCGAUGUUGCGCAUUCUGGGUCUGAAUGGGUUUGUGAGUGAGUUUUGGGGCUUGGUUGAGGUUAUGAAGAAAAAGGGGUAUGGUAUAUCAAAGGGCGUACGUGAUAUAGCUUUGGAGAAAUGUGAGGGGGAAGGAUUGGCUGGGGACGUUGAGAAGUUGAAAGGGGUGUUUUCUUCAGGGUCGGUGGACAACUCGGAUGAGAAGAUUUGUGUGAGGAUUUGUAGGAUUAUCAGAAAUGAGGUAUGGGGGGACAAUGUUGAAAAACAAUUGAAGGAUUUGAACAUAACGUUCUCUAGUGAUAUAGUUAAAAUGAUUCUAGAAAAUCUAAAUACAGAGCCAAUGAAAGCCCUUAUACUUUUUAGGUGGCUUGAUGAGAGUGAAUUGUUCAAGCAUGAUCAACAGACUUAUAAUGCUAUGGCAAGGGUACUUGGAAGGGAAGAUUGUAUUGAUAGGCUUUGGAAAGUACUUGAUGAGAUGCGGAGCUUUCAAUUUGAAUUAGAGGGGGUAACGUUUGCCACUGUUCUAGGGCGGUUUUGUAAGAGAAAAAUGUUCGAGGAAGCUGUGAACUUUUAUGAAUAUGCAAUGUCUGGUUCGGAUAAGCCUUCAUCACAUUGUGAAAAAUUUCUGUUGAGGAAAAUAGUCACGGCUAAGCAGUUGGAUAUGAGUUUGUUUUCCAGGGUUUUGAAGGUUUUUACAGACAAUGGGAAUGUGUUGACAGAUUCUACCUUAGAUGCAGUUCUCAAGUCUUUAGCUAGUGUUAGUAGAGUUGGAGAGUAUACUAAUGUUUUGAAAGCAAUGGAGGAAUGUGGAUACGUACCCAGUGGUCAUCUGCAGAGUAAAAUUGUAUUCCAGCUUAAUUGUAUUGGCAAAAAGGAUGAAGCACAUGCCUUUUUGGAUAACAUUGAAGAUAGCUAUAAACCAGAUGAGAAGACAUGGAAAACAAUAAUUCAGGGUCUUUGUGCAGUUGGAGAUCUUAAGAAAGCUUCUGAUUGUUUCCAGAAGAUGAUUGUAAUCGAGGAUGCUAUGUCUAUUGGUUCCACUCUUGAUAUAAUUGUGGUUGCAUAUUGCAAAAGGAACAAGGCAAAACAGGCUUACAAUCUUCUUACUGAUCUGAUCAGUGAAAAUCAGGUAACGCCAUGGCAUACUACAUACCAAACACUGAUAACUAAUCUGUUAGUCCAAGAUGGGUUUGGAGACGCUUUGAAUAUCUUGGAGUUGAUGAGAAAUAAUGGAUUUCCACCUUUUAUUGAUCCACUUAUCGAGUAUGUCUCAAAGCAUGGAACUGGAGAUGAUGCUAUAGCUUUUUUGAAGGCAAUGACUUCAAAGAGGUUCCCCUCUACCUCUGCGGUCCUUCGUUUAUUUGAAGCCUUUUUCAAGGCUAGAAGGCAUAAUGAAGCUCAUAAUUUCCUUUCUAAAUGCCCUAGUUUCAUCCGUAAUGACCCUGAUGUUUUGGAACUAUUUUUGUCUGCGAAGUCUAAGAAAGAUGCUCCUACCACUCCUGCAGCUGCUUAAACUUUCAUAGAGAAGUUCUGCUCAAGUAUUUUUCAUUAUAAUGUCAUGUGGAUUGGUCAACGAUCUGACAUUUCAAUGGAUUCCAAACUUAAUAGAUUCCCUGCUACGUUUAUUUGCUAUGUUUAUUGGAACUUUUUCUCUGUUGAUUUUGAUGAAGAUGAUGUUCUUUUGAAGAUUUUUUUCCCUGUUUUUGUAAUAUGAAAAUUGAGUAUGGCUGGGCUUA